CCCCAGCCCCGUGAGCCGUGCUCGGUGCAGCCCAGCUCGGAGCGGCUCCUGCGGCUCAGACAGCUGUGCCCAGCUGCCCCAGGGAUGGAGUCCCUCCCUGAAGCAGUCCUGGUCCGGAUCCUGGCCUCCCUCCCUGCCGUGGAGCUGGUGCUGGUGUGCCGCCUGGUCUGCUGCCAGUGGAGGAACCUGGUGGAUGGAGCUGCCCUGUGGAUCCUGAAGUGUCAGCAGGAAGGCCUCACCAGAGCAGAGUCAGAUGUGGAGAACUGGCAAAGCUUCUACUUCCUCAGUAAGAAAAGGAGGAAUCUCAUCAAGAACCCCUGUGGUGAAGAAGGCUUGGAGCACUGGGGAGAGGUAGAGAAUGGAGGUGAUGGCUGGAAAAUUGAAGAGCUCCCAGGGGACUUUGGAAAAGAAUUUCCUAGUGAAGAAGUCCAUAAAUACUUUGUCACAUCUUAUGAGUGGUGUCGAAAGGCUCAGGUCAUUGACCUUAGGGCUGAGGGCUACUGGGAAGAGCUGAUGGAUACAACCCAGCCUAAAAUCAUGGUAAGAGACUGGUAUGCAGGACGUAGUGAUGCUGGCUGCCUCUAUGAGCUGUGUGUGAAGCUGCUCUCUGAGGAUGAGGAUGUGCUGGCUGAGUACAAAAGUGACACUGUCACCAUCCCAGAGGGAAAUGAUGGCGGCUGGACUGAGAUCUCUCACACGUUCUGCAGCUACGGGCCCGGGGUGCGCUUUGUGCGCUUCGAGCACGGCGGGCAGGACACGCUGUUCUGGCAGGGCUGGUACGGCGCCCGCGUCACCGGCAGCAGCGUGACCCUGGAGCCAUAGCCCUGCUCAGCAGGACCUGCAUGCUGCAGUUCACCUCCCUCAGAGCAUCCAUCCCCCAGCCUCUGGAUGGUUUCUGCAUGGUGCUGCUGCUGCCUGUAGAGCAUUCGGCCUUCCUGCAUAGGAGCGUGUGUGCGAGGUUUCCCUGAGCAUGAAGAUUUUUUUGAAGAGCUGAGAGUAGAGAAAGGAUGGUAUCAGAGCUCUGCUCCUUGCAAUCCUUGCAGAAGGUCUGAAGUCAAGCAGUGAUAUUUCUACCUCACCACACAUAAUGCAGCUCCUCUCGUUAAUAUUGACACACCGAGCACUGCAAAAUGAAGCAGA